AUGGCGGACAACGAGCACGAAGUCGUAGAACGUCAAGCAGGCAAGGGUUUUGAGGCCCAAUUCAACCUAGACGAUGCAUUCUCGGAUGGUGAGGAUGAUGAUUAUAACCUCGAGUUCACCUCCGCAGUUAUCAGGAAACAUCUCGCCGAGAACCCAAGUUGGAUCCCAAAGGACGACGGAGAAGAUGACGGAGAGACGGAUUAUAGCUCUGCGCGUGACAAUGACACGUCGAUAUCAACUUUCUAUCUCGACGGGAGCUCCAACUCAUAUUCAGAAUCUAGAUCGUUUUCUCCUUCGCCCCCGCCGUUGACUGCGGAAGAGCACGAGCAGGGGGUUCCGCAGGACUUCUCUGAUAUCACACUCUCAGUAGACACGAGUACGAGUGAACACCCGACUAGCCACGCAGAUAUCCAAGACGAGGAUCCCUCCUCUCUGCGGGAUACUCCAUAUCCUGCCAUUCACAUCGAUGUCAGUAGAUCACCGCCCAGUCGGGUAGUCAUGAACGUUGACGCAGAAAUCAAUGGAAAGGAUCAUCAGGAAGAUGGAGCGGCCCGUCCGGUUUCAAAUGCGUCUUCCGAGUCUUCCCACCUCUCUGCGCCUAGCCAGGAUCUUCCACCUCUACCUUCAUCCCCAUCUUCCCCGUUACCUAGAAGUCCAACAAACUCAACCAUAAGCCAUAGACAGACAUGCUCGGCGGGACCAAGCACCUUCCAGAAAGUAAUGAGUAAGACGCGCCCUCAUUUCCUACCUCCGAAGAGCCGCCAAGAAGACCAGAAACAUAUGGCGGACUGGGAGGCCAUGAUGAAACAAAGUCGUGCUGCAGAGGAAAAACGGCGAAAAGCUCUACAAGAACGCCGUUCAGCCCGCGAGCUCAAGAUCGAACAAUCUAUCUACAGAUGGGAGAAGGAGAUACUCCCUGGUUGGCGAGCAGUCCAUAAGAACCCAAAUCUCCGCAGACUUUGGUGGAACGGCAUACCUACUAAACUACGUGCUUCGAUGUGGCAGCAGGCUGUUGGUAACGCACUCGCUCUGAGCAAAGAUAAUUACAGGAACUGUCUCAGUCGAGCUAAUCGCGCGCUUUCCUCCGGCUCAUUUCCUAUCGAGACACUGGAAGCCAUCGAACAAGACAUAUUGUCCACCCUUCCCUCACUGCACAUAUUCCACCCCAAAACUGGGCCGCUCUACGAAGAUCUCAGGGAUAUGCUAUGCGCAUGGGUCGUCUCUCGUGCAGAUGAGGGUCUGGGAUACGUACACGGGACUGCCAAAAUUGCUGGGAUGAUCUUGCUGAACAUGAAACCACAGCAAGGCUUCGUAGUGAUGAGAAACCUGCUGGAGAGGCAUUGCAUGAGGUCAUUAUAUGGCAGUGUUGCUGCCAAUGAUGACGUGAGUGCUGCAGACUGGAUAUUCGACACGCUCUUAGCUGAUUGCAUGCCAAAAAUAUACUUUAAUUUCAAGCAGCACCAAAUAUCACCUGAUGCUUAUCUCCCUGCCUGGCUAGUCCCACUAUUCUUGGACCAUUUGCCCUUCGAGGCAUGCGCACGCUUAUGGGACGUGCUUCUACUAGAAGGGGACUCUUUUCUUUUCCGCGCUGCUCUGGCUGUUCUCGCAGUACUCGAGCCUCGAUUGUUCUUCCCCGACCGACAAGAGCUUCUAGACCUCCUCCGAGGUGAAAAUAAGGCUGCGCUAGAAGUAGCCAAACGGGAGGGCCGUUUACUGGAUGACGAGGAAACCCUUUGGGAGCGGAUUGAUAGUAUGGAGGACUGGUGGAAGGAGUCUACAUGGAGACGUCUGACGCAGCGGGAACUGCCAGAUUUGUAG